UUCGAAUGUCAAAUAAGCCUAUUGGAGUGUUUUGGAGCGUUUGCUCCUGUCGGGUGUUUUGUUAAUUUUAUUGGUUUUAUCUGUGUUUUAUUAGUUUCUGGGGAUUAUUUGUGACACAAUGGAACGCCCUCCUGUUCCUGAAUCACCUCUGAGGGCGCUUCUGGCGAGUCCAGUGACGCCACGUCCAGUUUCCAGGCCACAACAAAUGGUGCCACCGCAGCUCAGUAUGGUUCCUCAAACGCCGAUACCGUCCGGACCGCAAGAAGCUGUCAACUCCAUCAAAAUCCAGAACUGUGUAUCCACUGUAAAUCUCAACUGCGUCUUGGACUUGCAGAAAAUCAACUCCCGAACGAGAAAUUCCGAGUACAAUCCAUCUAGAUUUCACGGAAUUGUCAUGAGAAUCCGAGAGCCUCGAUGCACAGCCUUGAUUUUCCGCUCGGGAAAGAUGGUCUGCACAGGAGCUCGCACAGAGGCAUUUUCGCAAUUGGGCACCCGAAAAUUUGCCAGAAUUAUUCAGAAACUUGGAUUUCCAGUUCAGUUCGUGGACUUCAAGUUGCAGAACCUUGUGGCAACUGUCGAUCUCAGAUUUCCCAUUCGCCUGGAGAAUCUCAAUCAGAUGCACGGGCAGUUCAGUUCGUAUGAGCCUGAACUCUUUCCUGGACUCGUUUACCGGAUGGUGAAGCCACGAGUAGUGCUCCUGAUCUUUGUGAAUGGCAAAAUUGUCUUCACGGGAGCCAAGUCACGGCAGGAGAUUGCUGAGAGCUUAGAGAACAUUUAUCCCAUCUUGCAGAGCUUCCGCAAGAUCUAAGUUGUGUAAAUUUUAUAUAAAAUAUAAGACUGUAAUUAAAAGAAA